AUGUUCUUUAUUGCUUUACUUCUUGCUUACUGCUAUGCUGACCCUGGAAUUAUUAAUAUGACUUUUUGUGAAGAUAAGACCGUCAACUUGGAUUUUAAUGUGACUGUGGUGGAAUUUGAAAAGCCAGCUGAAAGAGAAUUUACAAAUUACACAAUUGUCUUUGAAAUAUUACAACCACAUGACCAUGUCGUUCUCAAGUGGCAUGUUGAAUACUAUUGGGGUUCACUGUUCAUUGCUUCUUACCAAUACGAAGAUGCAUAUGUCUGUGAUACAAUAGUAGGAGGUUGUACAACAAAAGGACUAAAACGGUUAAGAGUUACUGGCAAAGUUGAGGAAGCUGUCACUCUCCCAGGUUGGUACUUACUCGUUCUUGAAAUGACAAAUUUUGAACUUUAUCACAGUUGUUUCCAUGGAUGGGUCUAUCUCUACUAA